GUGGGGACGGGCCGCACCUGAAGCCUGCCUCUCAGGCCGAAGCUCCCAGAAGUGAAAACAGGCCUUUUUCACAGAAAGAGUAGGGCUGUGUUUGUGCAGUACCCUAAGGCUGCUGGCCUGCCAAGAUCGGUCUUUCUGAGGGUUACAGUCCCAUGGGACCCCGAAAUACAAGCCUCUCGGCCACCAGAGCCAGGACAGCAAGGGACAUCUCCUGGGACAUGACUGCGGCAGGCGGCAGUCAUAAAGAUCAGGCCACCAAACGUGUGUAAAAGCGGGGGACAGUGGCACUCUGGAGUGUGGCAGAGAGCGAGCCAGCGAGCAUGAGAAUGUCACGCACCGGCUGGAGGGAGGCCGCGGAAGCGCUCAAAGAUGGCGCCCGCAGGCAAAGAAAAUAAAGAGAGAGACGGAGAGAGAGAAAAGGGAACAAACAGACAAAAACAACAAGAAAAACAAAUCUCGAGUUUAGAAAAAAAAUUUAAAAUGUGCCUACUAGUUGGAGCAAGGCGUAGGGAGACCUCGAAGAUGGCACCCUCCAGCCUCUUUUCCCAGACAGCAUCCCAGCAGGCCCCCAGAAGUGUGUCACAUCAGUCUGUCCGUCAGGCCAACUCCCCUCUCCCACAUAAAUUGUGGGCACCCCUGGAUCGGCGGCUCCCACACCGGGUCCUGAGACUGGGUUCCAGGUGUGGGAGAGACCAGUCUUUCAGUUACCUCCAUUCCACUGACCCAUCACAAACUGGCUUCUGGGACCCCUUCAGUAAAAAUGAUGGAAGACCAAAAAACCUCGUAUGGCUAACUAUCCAAUUUGUUUGAGAGAUGGAGUAACAUGCCGAUUAUCUGUGGCAGUGGGGAAAUGAAACUGUCACAUCAAUUACAAAAGCUGCUAAGUUGCCAGCAGGAAAAGCAUUGAUUUCUUGAUGGUCUCAAAAAACUCCAGAAGCUUCAGAUGUCACAUGGAAAAUACCAAUUAGGAAGCCCUGGAGAAGACUGGAACUAAAGCAAAGAGCUAGUGUGCACUGCUCUAUCUUUGUUAUGAGUCAUAUCCCUUAACAUUAUUUUCGUCAUUCUUUGUCUUACUUAAACCUCAUUUUUAAUCCAUGUGAUUUAAAACAAGUUAUCUUCACUGAUUUGACAGUUACAGGUUUGUAGACCUAUUGAGCAGACAUUAGACCUGGAUUCAGUGAUUUCUCCUAAGAACCCUGGCUCCCUGGUUCCGUCUACUGAGAAAUCAUAUUUAGAGACCACCGUCUGAAUGGGAGUUAUGAUCACUGCUGAAAUCAGGAAGAACAACUCCAAGAAAUGAGCAAAAGAUGCCAGUGAUCAAUAUUGAAGACUUGACAGAAAAGGACAAAUUGAAGAUGGAAGUUGACCAGCUCAAGAAAGAAGUGACCCUGGAAAGAAUGCUGGUCUCCAAAUGUUGUGAAGAAGUAAGGGAUUAUGUUGAAGAAAGAUCUGGGGAAGAUCCACUAGUAAAGGGUAUCCCAGAGGACAAAAACCCCUUCAAGGAACUCAAAGGAGGCUGUGUGAUUUCAUAAGAAAAAAAAAAAAAAUUCCAUGGAAUAACUUGAGCUUUAAUGACAGUACUAAUUUUUGGUCAUCUAUAAUAAUACUAUUAAGCAUGUACGUAACCUUUUGAUUUAUAAGUAAAAACUUUUAAUAAAAAGUGGGAUGUGAUAAUGCAUAAAUCUGUUUUUCUUAAAGUAUUUAACACAGAGUUUAGCACAUAACUGGCAAUAACUACUGAUUGACCCCUUUCUUUAACAAUGACUGCUAUGGAGACAACUGGUUGGCUCAGUCAGUUAAGUGUCUGAAUUUUUUAUUUUGGCUCAGGGUCAUGCUCUCAGGGUCGUGAACUUGAGCCCUACCUUGGGCCCCACUGUGGGCAUGGAACCUGCUUGGGAUUCUCUCUCUCCUUCUCCCU